AUGGACUCACUGAGCGACACACACGGCCGCUCUUUCGUGGAAGUGAUCGUGGAAAAGUACAGCCCUGAGAACUUCCCCUAUCGCCGAGGCCCUGGGGUUGGUGUAGUCAUAAUCACCACACCUCAAGGCUCUCCCAUGAAAGAUCGUCUUAACUUGCCGAGAGUGCUGGUGUUAGAAGGCUCUGGCAUCAGUCGAGCUGGAGACCAAACAGAAAUUGCAGCUUUCUGUGCACAUGUGAUGGAGCUGGACUUGUCCCACAACAAUCUGCAGGACAUCUGA